AUGCACAGCGCUUUCGACGGUCAAUUCGUCAAGCAAGACGAGAGCGAGACUCAAUACAAGCCAUAUUUGAAGAUGUCUAGUAGAAAUGUACGCAAAGUAUUUGGUGAUAACCGUCUGCCAGAGCCCUGUGAGGAUUCAGAUGAUGAUUUUGAACCUCUAUAUGCAAAGAAUACAGCUUCUAAGUUCACUUAUGAAGGGCUUGAGUUGAGCUCACAUUCUGAAAAAGAGCAAGAGCCAUCAGAAUCGGAAUCAGUUGAAGAGGUUGAACCCCAGCCAGAAACAAGCAAGAAGAAAAAUAAACGAAAAAAGAAAAAACAAAAGAAAGCUAAAGAGGCAGCAAAAGUUGAAGAUGGAGAGGAUGAAAUAGACAAGUCGCUAAAGGAGAUCAAUGCGUUGAUGGGCGCCCCGCCGGCUGCGGCGCCGGCCGCGUCGCAGGAGCUGCCGCCGCAGACCCUCAUCCCCGACGUGCUGCUCGUGCAGCAGAAACACUUGAACGUCGCCAAUGAGAUGAAGAAAAUGUUCGGGGCUGAACCCGCUGAAGAGAGAAACAAACGGGGGAAUCGCCAAGCACAACUCCGAAUUAAAAAAAAACCAUCAUUGUUCCGGCUGUCCAUGUCGAUGACCCGCAAGUGGGACGGGUGCGCGCACUUCACGUUCGACCACAGCAAGGAGUACCGGCACAUGCACCAGCGGCUGCUGCAUCUUGUCUACGUGGGCCGCCGGCAGGGCUGGCCGCAGGCCGCCAUCGAGGAGGAGCAGCGCCACAUGCACGUCGAGGCCAUGCUCGAGAGUGCAGACAUGUUGUUCCAAAUAGAAGAAUACACCGCAGCCAACACACUGGUCGAGCGUGCUAUAGCCUACAUGCAGUUCGUCGCUCAUCCCUCAUUUCAGCUUGCAGAUCCCCGAACGCGACUGCUAUACGCGUACAUGGAAAACAGAACAUUCCACGUCGCUGUACUAAAAUAUAUCCACUUGCUAACGAAUCGGGCUUGCCAUCGCACAGCACUAGAACUAGCAAAGAUGCUGUUGAACCUCGACCCGUCGGACCCGCUGGCCGUGCUGCUGGUUAUUGACACGCUAGCGCUGCGCGCGCGGGAGCACCAGUGGCUGAUCGACGCUGUCGACCACUGGGCCAAGGAGAGAGACGCCGGGUUCCUGUUUAGCAUACAGUAUUCUUAUGCUAUGGCGCAUUUCCAUGUUGCUACUAAAAAUAAAGAGGACACGGGCAAGGCGGACGGGCUGCUGCAGGCGGCCAUGCUGCGGUUCCCGGCGGUGGUGCUGCGGCUGCUGGAGUGCGCGUCCGCGCCGCCCGGCGCGCGCCUGCAGGCCUGCGCGCUCUUCGCCACCAUCGCCGAGACCAAAAUCACGAAGAACCUAAAAGAGCUGAUUCUACUGUACGCGAAACUGACGUGGUCAAAGUGGCGUGAGCCGGCCGUGUUCGACUGGCUGCAGCGCAACGCCAACGAAAUCGCUGAGAAAUACGACAAGGACCCCGCCACACAGGAACGAGCGAAGGCGCUGGCGAACGAGCAGCUGAACCUGUUCCGCAGCUGGCCGGACGAGGUCAUCCGCCAUCUCUGCGUCAUCAAGCCCAUGGCCAACCUCCUGGUUGAUGGGGCGGUGCCUCAAGUGACGAACCUAGUCUCCGCGGACCCGUCUCCGCCGCUGCACGGUGUCAACCGCUACCGCUACACGUUCGGACCGCCGGCCGCCACCUCCGCGCACUCCGACCUGCGCCUGCUGUUUGACGCGCUCCUGCCCACUUACGCCGACCUGCCGCAGCAGCCCGAUACUGCUAUAUUCUGUAUCAUCGCAACUGAGUUCUGCGAACGGUUUUCAUUUUGCGGCUUGCGAACUAUUCUUUCCCUUUACUUGAGGAAUGUCCUGUGCCUGCACGAAAAUGCAGCCACAGUUGUGUAUCACAUAUUCAUAAUGCUGUGCUACACUAUGCCCUUAGCAGGAGCGAUACUAGCGGAUAACUUCCUGGGAAGAUACAAAGUAAUACUUUACUUCUCCAUCAUUUAUUUCUUCGGAACCAUACUGACAUGUUGUUCAGCUAUACCUUUGCUUAAGCUGCCACCUACUGUGACGUCCAUGAUCGGGCUCGCGCUGAUCGCCGCGGGCACGGGUUGCGUGAAGCCCUGCGUGGCGGCCUUUGGUGGCGAACAGUUCCGGCUGCCCGAGGAAGAGCGUCAAUUGCAACGUUUCUUCUCGACGUUCUACUGCACGGUGAACCUGGGCGGGUUCAUGGGCAUGGUGCUGACGCCGGCGCUGCGCCGCGGCGUCAUGUGCUUCGGGGACGACACCUGCUACGCGCUCGGCUUCGGCUUCCCCACCGUGCUGGUGCUUCUCUCCAUCUUCAUCUUUGCCGCGGGUAAAAGCUGGUACAGAAUAAAAGAGCCUCGCGAAAACGUUACAUUGAAAUUCGUCGCCUGCGCGUGGUACGCAGCGAAGAAGCGACUUCGUGAGAGUGGCACACCGCCCGAACAUUGGCUAGACUACUCCAUAAACAAGUAUGGUAGUAAGCUAGUCGAAGACAUGAAGAUCGUCUUCUCCAUCUUAUAUUUGUACCUGCCCGUGCCCAUAUUUUGGUCUCUAUUUGAUCAACAGGGCUCACGUUGGACGUUCCAAGCGUCCCGGCUGCGCAGCGAGCUGUUCGGGCUGACGCUGAUGCCCGACCAGCUGCAGGUGCUGAACCCGGCGCUGGUGCUGCUGCUGAUCCCCGUGUGCCCGGGCGGCGCGUGCCCGCUGCUGCCCGAGCUGCCGCCGCUCACGAAGAUGUUCAUCGGUGGCAUGCUGGCCGCCAUGGCCUUCUUUGCGGCCGGCAUACUCCAAGUCGGCAUCGAGCGAUCGACGCUGCAGGCGCCGGGGCGGCACCACUCGGGGCUGGUGGUGCUGAGCACGCUGGCGUGCCCGGUGGAGCUGACGGUGCGCGGCGCGGGCGCGGCGGGCGUGCUGCUGCCGGCCCGCGGCAGCGCGCUGCUGACGCCGCUGCCGCACGCGCAGCUCGCGCUGCACGCCGCCUGCGCGCGCUCCUGCGACGGACGACACAUGCGUCAGCACGAAAUCACCACCACCGUCAGAACUGUUGCAGGACUUUUCACACCAGUUGUAAUUGGACAAGAUUCGGAUGACCACAUAUCGUUUCAUUUUAUGGACCCUAACGCAUUCUCCAAAUCUUUAUCUGGGAAGCCUAAACUGAAAGUGGUAUACGUGGGCGAGACGGAGCCGAACAGGAACGUGACGCUAUCGAUCGAGAGCGACAAGCAGCUGGUGGACAUCUACUACGUGUCUGACUCCCCCGUCAACAACAUCGCCGAGUCGGCGUACAUGCACUUGGCUCCCGGCAGGUACAGAUGGCGCGCGGAGCACGCGGGAGGAGCGCUGGGCGCGGGCUGCGGCACGCUGCGCGCGGGCGGCGUGUACGUGCUGAGCGCGCGCGCGCGCCGCGGCCGCCUCGACAGCGUGCAGCUGCACGCGCCCAACCCGCCCAACGAACUGCACCUCGCCUGGCUGCUGCCCCAGUACCUGCUCAUCUCCUGCGCAGAGAUCUUGUUCGCCGUCUCCGGGCUGGAGUUCUCCUUCACUCAGGCACCGAAGAGCAUGAAAACGAUAACGAUAGCGGCUUGGUACAUGUCGGUGGCCGUGGGCAAUUUUAUCGUCAUACUGGUUGCUCAAACCAAAGUCUUCGAAUCCAGGGCUACCGAGUUCUUCGUGUACGCUACCGUCCUGACGAUCGCGAUGCUCAGUUUCCUCAAGAUGGCCCAGGGCUACGAGCCUCGCAGCCUGGAUGAAGACUACUCAGAGGAAAGUGCCUUACUGCUGAAGGGGUUGUCCAAGAUGCUAUCAGUGCGGUCGGCGACGACGUCGAGCACGUUCGCGGGCGCGGCGAGCGCGGCGUCGUGCCUGGGGCGCAUGGAGCGCGCGCCGCCCGGCGCCUGGCCGCCGCGCGCUCACGUGCACCUCGCCACGCCCACCGACAGCGACGUGCAAGCCACCACGCUGGCUAAGAACUGACAUAGUAUAACGACGACCCAGUAGUGAAUCUCCCGCGUACCGAUCGCGGGAGACUCACUUUGACUCUCUCACACGCGCCGCGCGCGAACUUGGCAGCGCCACGCGGCGUGGCACGUACUGGCGCGACCGCGAUCGUCCGUUUUCACAUGAACUCUCUGCACCUCGCUCGCGCAGAGCGCUACUCAAGGACAAACCGCGCGGCGCAAAAUUUGUUAGAAGAAUUAUUACUGUUUUAUACUGUUAUGAACUGACUCCCAAGCCGCGACGAUGGCCUUUUUUUCUUAC